AUGUUUUUACUCACAGGUAUUCUCGUUGCUUUGCUAUGCGUUGUUGUCGCUGCAUAUCUAUGGCACGUUCGAAAAGCUUACAAUUUCUUCAUUCGACUCGGCAUUCCAGGACCAGCACCAAAGUUUUUCUUUGGUAACCUUUCGGAAAUCAUUAAAGCUAAAGGAAGACCAUCGGUUGCAAUUCAGCAAUGGACUGACAAGUAUGGUCACAUCUUUGGUUAUUUUGAAGGACAUACCCCUAUUCUUGUCAUAUCGGAUCCAGAAGUUCUCCAAGAUGUUUUUAUUAAAUCAUUCUCGAAAUUUCAUUCUCGUCGUGAAUCUCGUUUUAUGAGUUCACAAGCAAAGGAUGCUCAUCUGUUCAAUGCCGUCGGUCUUCGUUGGAAACGACAACGAUUUGUUCUCAAUCCAACAUUUUCCUCACUAAAACUCAAACAAAUGUCACCAUUGAUUCAUCGAAGUAUCGAAUUUUUAAUGGAAAAAAUGGCAGACCAGUGUGCCAAAGGUGAACCAUUUGAUAUCUAUGCAUAUUUCAAACGAUUUACAAUGGAUACUAUUUGGUCAUGUGGUGUUGGUCUCGACACUGAUAUGCAAAAUAAUGUCAAUGAUCCGUAUCUCCUCAAUUCACAAAAGAUGUUUUCACCGAAUAUUUUUCGUGGAAUAAUAUUCAUUUUGACUCUUUUGAUAACAGAAUUAACAAAAAUCUGGAGAAGUAUAUUUCAGGAUGGACUAUCAUCGUUCGAGAAAAGUGAUAAUACUGGAGUCGAAGCACCACGGGUUCGAAAAAUUACUAAAUAUGAGGCUUCAGCGAACAUUCUCCUUUUCAUCGUUGCUGGUUAUGAGACUACAAGUACAGCUCUUAGUUAUGUGGCAUAUGUUCUUGCUACUCAUCCAGAAGAACAACGAAAGUUGCAAGAGCAUAUCGAUGCUCAUUUCGAUCCAGAAACAGAAAACAUUAUGCCAACAUAUGAAACUGUCUCCGAAAUGGAUUAUUUUGAUAUGUUUAUUCGAGAGACUCUUCGCAUAUUUCCUAUAGCACCAACGGCGAUUAGUCGUCAAAGUAACGAAGAUUUUCGCAUCAAAGACUUCGGUACCGUGCCAGCAGGUACACUGAUUGCUGUCGACAUGUACAAUUUGCAUUACAAUCCAAAUUUAUGGGGUCCUUUGGAUCCACAUGAGUUUCAUCCUGAAAGAUUCGCUACUAAUCGACAUCCAAUGGCAUGGAUUCCAUUUGGAGUUGGACCACGUAAUUGUGUAGGCAUGCGUUUUGCUUUGCUUGAAAUGAAAAUGUUACUUGUUCGAUUGCUCAAAACAUAUACACUAAUUGAUUGUGGUGAAAAAACACGUAAACCAUUUGAACAACUCACAGAAAUGCCUGUCAUUGCACCUAAGGAAGCCAUUAUCCGACUCCAACGCAGAGAUGAAUAG